AUGGGUUUCCAAGGAAAAUGGCUUUCUGUGAGUGUUCUUGUUCUCUUCAUUGUUCUUGAUCUUAGCAUGUUUGCUCUUGGUGAUCACAAGCUUGACCAAGAAAGGUUUGGGGAUGAUGAUUGUCGAUUUAGACGUGGACCUCGCUGUAGAGGUUGGGGUGGUCGCCGCGGUGGUGGUGGCUUUGGAGGUGGAGGUGGAAGAGGAGGAGGUUUUGGUGGUGGUGGAGGACUUGGAGGAGGUGGUGGUUCUGGAGGAGGUCUUGGGGGUGGUGGUGGCUUAGGAGGCGGUGGAGGUUUAGGUGGAGGUGGAGGAGGAGGUAGUGGUGGUGGAGGUGGAUUGGGUGGUGGCUCAGGACAAGGUGGAGGAUUUGGUGCCGGUGGAGGUGUAGGUGGUGGAGCUGGAGGAGGCCUUGGUGGUGGUGGUGGAGGAGGAAGUGGGGGUGGUGGUGGAUUAGGCGGUGGCUCUGGACAAGGUGGAGGUUUUGGUGCUGGUGGAGGUGUAGGAGGUGGAGCUGGUGGUGGUGGAGGACACGGUGGAGGAUUUGGUGCUGGAGGAGGUGUAGGUGGUGGAGCUGGAGGAGGCAUUGGUGGUGGUGGAGGUGGCGGUAGUGGCGGUGGAGGUGGAGUGGGUGGUGGCUCUGGACAGGGAGGAGGAUUUGGUGCUGGUGGAGGUGUAGGUGGUGGAGCUGGAGGGGGCAUUGGUGGUGGUGGAGGAGGAGGUAGUGGUGGUGGAGGUGGAGUGGGUGGUGGCUCGGGGCAUGGUGGAGGAUUUGGUGCGGGUGGAGGUGUAGGCGGUGGAGCUGGAGGAGGCAUUGCUGGUGGUGGCGGUGGGGGAGGAGGUGGAGGUGGUGGUGGUGGCUCGAACGGUGGCUCAGGACACGGGGGAGGGUUUGGAGCUGGUGUUGGCGGAGGUGCAGGAGGCAUCGGUGGUGGAGGUGGCGGAGGCGGUGGCGGUGGAGGUGGUGGAGGAGCAGGUGGAGGUUCAGGACAUGGUGGAGGCUUCGGUGCAGGUGGUGGUGUAGGAAGUGGAAGUGGAGCAGGUAUAGGUGGUGGUCGUGGAGGUGGAGGAGGAAUUGGCAUAGGAAUUGGUAUCGGAAUUGGUGUUGGUGUAGGAGCUGGAGCUGGCCAAGGAACUGGUACCGGCAUUGGUUCUGGUAGUGGUGGAGGGGGUGGUGCUAAACAUUAA